AUGUGCCCAACAGCGCCCCCCGCCGUCGUCAACGAAAGGAAUCUGGGCAAUGCCUACGUCCCUACCGGCAAUGUCGCCAAGUUCCAGAUCAUCGAGUCCACGUUGAGAGAGGGCGAGCAAUUUGCCAACUCGUACUUCAACACUGAGACCAAGAUCAAGAUCGCCAAGGCCCUCGAUGCAUUCGGCGUCGACUGCAUUGAACUGACCUCCCCCGCUGCCUCGGAGCAGUCGCGCUUGGACUGCGAGGCCAUCUGCAAAUUGGGUCUCAAGGCCAAGAUCCUCACACACGUACGAUGCGACAUGCGAGAUGUCCAGAUCGCCAUUGAUACCGGUGUGGAUGGCCUCGAUAUCGUCAUUGGCACCUCGCAACACCUGCGCGAGCACUCCCACGGCAAGGAUAUGGCCUUCAUCCAAGAGAAGGCCGUCGAGGUCAUCAAGUAUGUCAAGUCCAAGGGCCUCGAGGCCCGGUUUUCCAGCGAGGACUCGUUCCGAUCCGACUUGGGCGAUAUCCUGACCCUCUACGCCGCCGUCGACAAGGCCGGCGUCGACAGAGUAGGUGUCGCUGACACGGUCGGCUGUGCCAACCCUCGCCAAGUCUACGAUCUCGUCCGCACCCUGAGAAGUGUCGUCUCCUGCGACAUCGAGACCCAUUUCCACGACGACACGGGAUGCAGUGUCGCCAACGCUUUCUGCGCUCUCGAGGCCGGCGCCACCCACAUCGACACCAGUGUUCUGGGCAUUGGUGAGCGCAACGGUAUCACCCCCCUCGGUGCCCUCAUGGCUCGCAUGGUUGUCACGAGCCCCGAAUACGUCAAGGGCAAGUACAACCUGGCCAUGAUCAAGGAGAUCGAGGACUUGGUUGCCGAGGCCGUCGAGAUCAACAUUCCCUUCAACAACCCCAUCACCGGUUUCUGCGCCUUCACCCACAAGGCUGGCAUCCACGCCAAGGCCAUCCUCAACAACCCCUCCACCUACGAGAUUCUUAACCCUGCCGACUUUGGUCUCACACGUUACGUCCACUUUGCUUCCAGGCUGACCGGCUGGAAUGCCGUCAAGACCCGCGUUGGCCAACUCGGUCUGACAAUGACGGACGACCAGGUCAAGGAAGUCACCGCCAAGAUCAAGGCUCUCGCCGACGUCCGCCCAAUCGCCAUCGACGACGCUGAUUCCAUUAUCCGCAGCUUCCACCUGGCUAUUGCCUCGCCCGACGUUGCCCCCAAUGGGGCGACCACAAACGGUAGCUCAAACGGUGUGACUAAUGCCGCAUAG